GGUACAUGGGUUGCGUUCUUUGAAAGGUGAUGCUGAAAUAAUUGAGGUAGCUAAAAUAUUAAUCUAAUCAACUAUGUGCGUUGUUUUUGUUGAGCAUUGUCAUGUUGCUGAUGAUGAAGACGUUGAUGAAUAUUUAGGUGUUAGAAGUGCUAAGUUUUCUAGUGGAAAUGGUGCUAGAACUACAAUGGUAGAUGAGGAUGCAUUAGGUAGUGAUGCUGAUGAUGAAGAAUUGUUUGCUGGUAUGAAUAAACAUGCUGGAAGGAUACAUGUAAAUGGGGGUCCUAGAAAUUUGCAUGGAAUGCAAAGAAAAGAUAUAGGAAAGCAAAAGGUGGUGGAGGAAAAGCAUAAAACAAAGAACAAAUUUGUAGAUUCAACAUCUAGUUCUAAGGGUAUUAGAAUUAGAGAACCUAACAGUGGUGAUGAAAAUGGCCUUAGACUUGUUGAAAACUCAGACUUUGAAGAUGAUGAGACCAAUAGUUUGUGUAGUAGCAUUACCUAUAUUCAUAGUUCCGAUCCUAGUAGCUACUACAAUGAUAUCUCUAUUGAUGACCCUAAUGUGAAGGAUGAUGCAUUAAGGAGACCAUCUAAGAGCUUGCAUUAUGACCCAAUGUUUGAUUCUCCACAUUUUGAGGUUGGAAUGGUGUUUGAAAAUGCAGUGCAAUUUAAGGCAACCAUUGCUAAGUACUCAAUCAAGAAGGGAUGCAAACUAUGGUGGAAGAAGAAUGAGCCAGGGAGGCAAAGGAUUGCAUGUGAUGUGAAAAAUGGUUGUUCAUAGGAAAUUUUUGCUAGUUUUGACAAUUCUGAUGAUACAUUCAAGGUGAAAACUUAUAGGAGAAAAUAUUUAUGUUUUAAAUCAAACAAAAACAAAAUGGCAACUAAGAGCUUCUUAGCUGAUGCAUUGAGGAUGUUGGUUAUUAACUCCUCUCAUAUGAGUUGUAGACACCUUGCUAAACAUGUGAAAGAAGAAUUAAAGGUUGAGGUUUCAA